GGUAAAUCGACUGUAGGUUCGUUUAGAGCGGCCGGCGCCGCCCGAAUCGCGUUUUAUCCACCGUCGGCGUUCGGGGUUUAUUUUCCCAGCUAUUUUUCCAUCAACCACCAUGCGAACGAUCGCCUGCUUUUUUUCCGCGCUAUCGCGAUAAAUAAUCACCGUAGGCGGUUUUUCGCGGCUUCUGGAUUAUUUCGAACGAUUCCCGAUUAGAUUGUGUACCAUUUUUUUAUUCGAUUCGAAUUUACGUUUUAUAACCCUACUAGAUGGAUAGAUUUACAAACGGAAUCGAAUGUAAUAUAAUCGCCGUUUUAAAUGAUUCCCAUAUCGAUUAAAACGGGUAUGAUUUCUGUUAAGUAACGUAAUUGCGAGUAUUAAAUGCAAGCAACACACUUUCCCUUAUAUAGAUACUUGCUUGACAUGGAAAAAUGCCCGUGUUUUUCUUUUACAAUACCCAAUUUACGCUGUACUAACAUACUAGAUAUACUUAAUAACUCCUUUUUUUUUUCGUUUACGUUCAAAUUCGUUUGUAAUGAUAAAGAUCCAUAAGAGGUUCAAAGGUUGGUGUUUUAUAAUCAAUUAAAUACAUAACUUAUCUAAGAUUACCAAGAUAAACUUUAACAAUUAACUUACUUUCAUUGAAAUUAGUUAAUCGAGAUAGUAGGUGAGUCCCUUUCCAUCUCCCUCGAAAAAACAUACAAUACGUUUAUUGUUUAACAAUCGCAUUAACUCAACUCACAAUCCCAGGCAAUUAAUAAUAAUUAAACAUUCAAACAAAACUCGUUUGGUUAUAUCAUUGUACGUACAGCUCACGUGACGAUAAGGGGAGCUUUCGACUACAAUUAACUCGCAAUAAAACCACUUUCUAUAUGUUCCUCUUGCAAUGCUACAACAACAAAGGUAACGGGGAAGUCCAGUGGUGUUUCUCCCAAGUGAAAGGCACUUUGGACGACGAUGUGACCGAAGCCGACAUCAUAUCCUGCGUGGAAUUCAACAACGACGGCGAACUGUUGGCCACCGGCGACAAAGGGGGCCGCGUGGUGAUCUUCCAGCGCGAUCCCCUAUCCAAAACGGUGCUUCCCAAACGAGGCGAGUACAACGUCUACUCCACGUUCCAAUCGCACGAGCCCGAAUUCGACUACCUGAAGAGCCUCGAAAUCGAAGAGAAAAUCAACAAGAUACGAUGGCUUCGAAGGAAGAACCCCGCCCACUUCCUGCUCUCCACCAACGACAAAACCAUCAAACUGUGGAAGGUCUCCGAGCGCGACAAGAAAGUCGAAGGCUACAACACGAAAUCGGAGACCGGCAGCCUGGUGGACCCUUCGAGCGUCCAUUCCCUUCGAGUCCCUGUCAUCAGACCGAUGGAACUGAUGGUGGAGGCCUCUCCCAGACGGAUCUUCGCCAACGCUCACACCUAUCACAUCAACUCCAUCUCGGUGAACUCCGACCAGGAGACCUAUCUCUCCGCCGACGAUCUUCGGAUCAAUCUCUGGCACUUGGAGAUCACCGAUCAGAGCUUCAACAUCGUCGACAUCAAACCCACCAACAUGGAGGAAUUGACCGAGGUGAUAACGGCCGCGGAAUUCCAUCCGACGGAAUGCAAUCUGUUCGUCUAUAGUAGUAGUAAAGGGACAAUUAGGUUAUGUGAUAUGCGCGCCGCGGCGCUGUGUGAUAGACAUUCGAAGUUGUUCGAGGAGCCCGAGGACCCUACGAAUAGGAGUUUCUUCUCGGAGAUCAUAUCCAGCAUAUCGGACGUGAAGUUAUCGAAUAGCGGCCGUUACAUGAUAUCUAGGGAUUAUUUGUCGGUGAAAGUGUGGGAUUUGCACAUGGAGACCAAACCGAUCGAGACCUAUCCGGUGCACGAGUACCUUCGGGCGAAGCUCUGUUCGUUGUACGAGAACGAUUGCAUCUUCGACAAGUUCGAGUGCUGUUGGAACGGCAACGAUUCGUCGAUCAUGACGGGAUCCUAUAAUAAUUUCUUCAGGAUGUUCGACAGGACGACGAAGCGCGAACUGACGUUGGAGGCGUCGCGGGACGUCGCGAAGCCGCGCACCAUGUUGAAGUUGCGCAAGGUCUGUUCGCAGGGCAAGAGGAAAAAGGACGAAAUUAGCGUGGACUGUUUAGAUUUUAACAAAAAAAUUUUACACACGGCUUGGCAUCCGGCCGAGAACAUCAUCGCCGUGGCGGCUACCAAUAACUUAUUCUUGUUCCAGGAUAAGUACUAGUUUAAUUGAUGAUUAUGUAAUUUUUUUUUUUUUAAUUUUUUCCUUCUUCUUGUACUUGUGUUUGUCGGACGAGGAACCGCGUCGUGGAGAAACCGAAACGUUGGAUUAAAAUAUUUAAAAAAAUAUAAUAAAUAAUAACGCCUUUUUGACGAAUUUUGGUUUGUAAUUAUUAAAAACAACAAUCAUUGUAUUCUGAUGACGCUAAUUUUAUGAUUGUGAGUGGACAAAAAAGAAUCCCAAAAUAUAUACCUAAUUUUCUUGUACAACAAUAUAAUAAGCAAUGUAAAGACCCGAUAUUGUUAAUUAUUUAUAAUUCAUUCAAUUAUAAAAGUUUCAUGUAACGAUGUAUCAUUUUUUUCUUUUAAAUUUGUGAUAUUUUUUUGGUAUAACGAAUGGAUUUUAUUUGGUCGUCCGCACUGUAAACAAUUUAUUUUUCGAAAAAUAAAUUACGAUUCCAAAUUAGUCUUACGAAACGUUUUGAGUAUUAUCGAAAAAAAAAACUUAGCGUAAUUUUAGUGCUCUGUGUAUAAAAGCGCCCCCUACAUUUAAAUACCAAAGUGAUUUUUGCUCACUUCGAUGUUAACAUUGUUAAUAAAUAAAUUCCGUAGGUAUUUUUUUCUAACACUUCGUUUUAUUUGCAUCCUCUUCCGAUAAUUAUUUGGUAAGACUAAUUUGCCGGUCGUGAAUUUUUUUUUGAUAUUUUUAUUUUCUAAUACUCGUAUACAAUUUUUUUUUUUCGAAGUGCUGGUCACAAAUAUUCCAGAAUCAUCGUGCAUUUUUUUUUAUAUCCACCUUGUAUUGUACAGAAUAAACAUUAUUUUUUAAAAUAUAAGAUCGAUAUUAUUUCGCGAGUUUCUAGCCACCAUUUUGCGAUUUCCAAUGUAUAAAAAUUAGUACCGUUGAAACAAUAAUUAGAUGUUUGUACAAAUCCUGUUAAAAUUUAAUUUUCCAUUUUGCAUUAAUAAAUCAUUUUAAAA